CUAUAUGUUUCAGUAGAGACAUUAAAUAUGACAAUAGAAUAGAAAUCAUUUAGUUUUACUUUGUAGUUUCUGGCGUCUGGUCGUCUCUUUCAGUCCAACAUGGAGCUGAUGUGAACAUGGAUCCAAAUACUGACUUUCACUUCUUAUUAAUAAACCGUACGUUGUUUGUUUGUUUGUGCCCCAACUCAGCUCAUGUGUUGUCAGGUAGCCGUGACCUCUGACCUCUGACCUCUGACCUCUCACCUUUUCAUCAUAUUAAAACACUGUAAUAAUUACACUUUUAUAUUAUAAUAUAAUAUCAGGCUUAUUCAGCUUCAGAACAAACAGGCGGUGCUUCAUCACAAAGUGACAGCUCCGUGUUUUAUUAAGGUUUUAUUGAGAUUAACAGAUGACUCAUGUUGUUGUUGUUGUUGUUGUUGUUGUUGUUGUUGUUGUUUCAGAUGCAGUUCUGCGGCCGUUUGCUGGUUUCCUGUCUGCUCUUCAUCACUUUGCUCCACGGCGACGUCGACGGCUUCAGAGUCCGACAACAGCCCGCCCGGCGUUUCGACCGACCCGCCUCGAGGGCUCCGGCGGCUCUUCGGUCCCGUCCUGGAGGGGUGAAGGCCGGGGAGGAGCUGACGGCGAAGCUGCUCCGAUUGGACGAUCUGGUGAGGAUGGAGAAUGAUGUCAUGGAACCAAAGAGGAAGAGGAGUUUCCCCGGCAACAGCGCCCCGCUGGACCGCCUGUCGGUCAGCUCCAUGGAGACCAAACAGGGAACAACCAAGCAGAGUAAGGUCGUGGAGUUGCCACGGCGACGAGUCAAUCCGCCUCCCAUCGACAGGAUCGGAAUGAGUCGUCUACCAAACAGUCGAGGAUAGGCCACGCCCCCCUCCAUAUGACAGCCCGCCCCCCCCCCCCUACAGCCAGCGCCCUCCUCUGGACAGAGGAAUCACCACAGAUGCAUGAAAACACAGCCAAUCACCAACCGCCACGCCCACGCCCACCUCCACCUGUCAGUCAUCCACGCCCACCUCCACCUGUCAGUCAUCCACGCCCACCUCCACCUGGACACCCCCCAACCACACACACAGCGAUGAAUGUCUCAUGAUGGUGCAUUCAGGUGCCCCUCGGUGAAUUCAUCACCCGUGUCUGAGAAUGACCGAAUGAUCCGACGUUUCCUGAUCAGAGUUCAUGUUUCUGUCUUAAUAAGAAACUUUUACUAAAUCUGCCUUUAGAUUCUAGAAACUGAACUCAAAUAUCUGAAUGAUUAGAAAUCUCUUUCUUCAGUAACUCCAUUCAUCAUUUCUGUCCUGAAUUAACAGCUGUGGUUUAAAAAGAGAUUUCUUCAGCAGGUUUUGAAUUUAAAUUUGGUAAAUUACUGAAAUACUUAACAUGAGUGUAUAUUAUUCUGAAACAGGCCUCUGGUCCAGACCGGACUCUAUGAGCACUAACACUGUGCAUGUUGAUGCUGAUACUGUGGUGCUUCUAUUGAAGUUAAAGUAUCUGGUAUUACUACUUUCACUUCAGUAAAUAAUCUGAGUAUUUCUUCUUUUGUGUUGACCUCGAACUGACUCUCAACUCAACACUCAUGAUGUAACUAACUUGCAGUUUUUUUUCCCGGGUGUCACCUGAAUGCAUCAUCACUCCCCUCCUCCUCCCUCCUCCGACUGGAGGCGUCCUCCGCCUCGACGCUCAAACUGAACAUGUGACUCGACUUGACUUGAGUGGUUGUUAUUUUUCCAGCAGUGCAGCAGGUCUGUUUACAGCAGGACGACGCGCUGAGAGACGUCUCCACGGCAACGGACCGGACCGGACCGACCUACACCGGACAUACAGAAUAACACUUUAAUAUUACACGUGACAACCAACACGGUUUAACGGUGAAGCCAGCGAGAGAUUUGGUUUAUUCUUACCGUUAAUGAGUGGCGUCUCGUGGUCGUUAGAGGAACCGCAUCUUAAAAAGCUAAAAGGAAAAGUUCAACACACAUCGGUGACGUCACGCCGCCAGACGCGGCCCGUCGCGGCCCGUCGCGGCC